AUGUCACAGACAGCUGAGCAGUGUUUACUCACUUCCAGUGUUCACCAUGAUCCUGAACUUUGGAGUAAUGUUGAGAAACUGUGGCAGAUAGAUGCUGUUCCCAAUGGAACAAAGGAUGUGACCAGAUCAAAGCAGGACAAGCAAGCUUUAGAAACUUUAGAGACGUUCACAGAAAGAGUGGAGAUGUAUGAAGUAGUGCGCUAUGCAACACCCCUGUUAUGGAUUAGAAAUGGAGUUUCACUUAAUGCCACAGUAGAAUCUGUGACACAGAACCUCAUCCGCACAGAAAGGCGACUUCAGUCAAACCCUGAACUAGCUUACGUACACAAGGACGAGAUCCAGAAAUUGGUAGAUGCUGGUUAUGUGAAGAUGAUCAGCCCUGAAGAGGCUGAGAAAAGUGAUGAAUCUUGGUACAUUCCACAUCACAUUGUACAGCACAAUGGAAAGAAUCGUUUGGUGUUUACUUGCUCGUACAACUAUGAAGGCAGAACCCUCAAUGAGAACUUACUUCCUGGGCCUCAACUUGGAUCAUCCUUGAUUGGAGUCUUACUGCGUUUCAGACAGCACAGCAUAGCUAUCUCCGGUGACAUAAAGACCAUGUUCCACCAAGUGAGAUUACUGCCAAAGGACCGACCCUUACUACGAUUCAUCUGGCGCAACAUGGACCAGACGGUUCCACCAAACAUUUAUGAAUGGCAAGUGCUUCCAUUCGGCACUACUUGUAGCCCUUGCUGUGCAAUAUAUGCGCUGCAGACACAUGCACAUGGUCACAAGGAGGAAAACCCUGAUGCGUACAGAUCAGUCACCACAGCUUUCUAUGUGGACAACUGCUUAGACAGCGUUCCAACUGCAGCAGAAGCCAAAGAUUUAGUACAUGGCAUGAGUGCUUUGCUGGAUAAAUGUGGCUUCCACCUCAGACAGUGGAUCAGCAACAUUCCCUCAGUCGUGGCUGAUCUACCUACAGAGGACAAGGCAGCCAAUUGUGAACGUUGGCUCAGUCUUGGCGAGACAGGACUUACGGAGGGAACCUUGGGACUCCAAUGGCGAUGUGACAGUGAUGUGCUUGGAUAUAGGAUCAAAGAGAUUAGCCAUGAUUGUCUCACCAUGAAAGUCAUAUAUCGAAUCUUGGCCAGCCAGUAUGACCCCUUAGGAUAUUUAACUCCUUUCACCGCAAGAGCGAAAGUCAUCAUCCAAGAUCUGUGGAAAUUGAAGAGAGAUUGGGAUGCACCUAUUGUGGAGGGAAGUGAAUAUGAGAAGUGGUGUUCAUGGGAAAAUGAGCUACCAGACACGGAGAAGGUUAAUCUACCACGUUGUUACACACCUCAUCAUGUCGAUACUACAAAUUCAGUUCAACAGCUGCAUAUCUUCUCGGAUGCCUCAGAACGUGUGUAUGGUACAGUUGCCUUCCUUCGGACAGUGUAUCAGGGAACGGUUUAUGUCAGCUUUGUACAAGCCAGAUCCAGAGUCGCUCCAAAACGACAACUUUCCAUACCUCGACUUGAACUAUCAGCAGCUCUAGUAGGAGCACAACUUGCAGACAUGCUGAUCAGAAAACUUACCUUACCAAUUGAAAGAGUCACCUUGUGGAGUGAUUCAACAACAGUGCUGUCUUGGCUGAAAUCUGAUUCAUGCAGAUAUAAAGUAUUUGUUGGAACCAGGGUUGCAGAGAUUCAAACUCUAACCAAUGUUGCGGACUGGCGGUACGUGAACACAAAAGACAACCCCGCUGAUGAUCUUACUAGAGGCAAGACCCUGGAGGAGCUUACAAAUUCUUCCGCUUGGAAGAAUGGUCCAUCCUUCCUUCUACGAUCACAAGAAGAGUGA